AUCUAGAGAUCAACAAGUAUCAUGAGAUGAGCCAGCAAAGACUUUGGGUGGGCAGAGAAGGGAAAAAACACAACAAAGUAACCACUGAUUCAACAACACGACAUUGUGUUUUAGAUCCUCGCAUGAACAAUUCCUGUUCUUCUCCCAAAUAAUUCACUCAUUCAGAAAUAAUCACCACACCCUUGUCAAAAAUAUAUUUGAUCUCAUAAGAGACGACCUUGAGACUUCUCGAUCAGAACGAAUAUUUUUUGAGAAGAUAUACAUGUCAAGGACAGCACCUUUGACAAUUUCCCGAUCCAUCCGUUUACAUUCCUCUCCUCGAUAUACAGCUCCCAAGUCGAGAACAACCAUCCAGACGAGUACAGGUACAAGGACCGCCACAAUGUUACACCAAGCCAGGUCGACCAAAUCAGGUCCAGAGUCGUCUCAACCCCAGAAGAAUCACAACAAGUUGAUAUUCGCCCCGGGUGAAGCACCACCCGACUCUGGGGCACCUACGAACUCGUCCUCGUCGACCACGACCGGCCCGUCACAAGCAGCCCAGUUCAAGCUCUCCCGGCUUCACCGGUCGGAUUUGUCCCCCGACCCUUUUGUCCAAUUCCACUCCUGGUUCACGCACCCUCGACUCCUCGGGACCGUGCCCGAAACCGUGACCCUGUCCACGGCCUCUUUACCUUCCGGUCGAGUGAGUUCCCGAAUCGUCUACCUGAAGGAACUCGACGGUCGAGGGUUCGUCGUGUAUUCCAACUUUGGGACGAGUCGAAAGGCGGCCGACGUCGCCACCAACCCCCACGCCAGCCUGUGUUUCUGGUGGAAACCGUUGGAACGGCAGGUCCGAGUCGAGGGCGUCUGUGAACGUCUCGCCCGCGAGGAGAGCCAGGUUUAUUUCGACACGAGGGCGAGGGGGAGCAGGAUAGGAGCUUGGGCCAGUCGACAGACCAGCGUACUCCAUCCGCAGCAAAUGCAAGAUCGAACCAAAACACAACCCCAAAACGACGGCGACGACGACGACGACGACGACGACGGUAGGCUCGAAUUGGAAAAUCAAGUCGAAGAAAUGGCACGCAAAUUCGAGGGUCAAGAACAAAUCCCAGUCCCACCUUUCUGGGGUGGUUUGAGAAUCAUUCCAGACAAGAUCGAAUUUUGGCAAGGGAGGGAGAGUAGGUUGCAUGAUAGAUUUGUCUACACGAGACAAGACGACGGCGGCGAGUGGAAGAUUGAAAGGUUGAGUCCGUGAAACCUUCAAUCAUACUGUAGACAACAAUACCAAUACACGAAGACCGACGGCUCCAGCUGGCAUUGCAUUGUUGUUGCAUUCUUGCAGAUACGUAUGGCGGGCAGAUACGUCUAUCAAGUCACUUCAUAAGACGACAUCACAUAGAACCACAAAAAAGGAACACAGCCUAGGUUGGUGUUUUCAACAUAUAGAA